AUGCAGGCAAUUGCCAAUGUAGAACACACCGCCCCGUUAAUUGCAGACAUCCAGAAAUCUCUAAGAGAAAAUGCUCAUUGCCAGUAUGUAAUUAAGUGGAUUAAAACACAUAUAGGUAUAUAUGGCAAUGAGUUAGCAGACAGCCUAGCAAAAGAAGCCGCCACUGGGAGCAAUAUAACUACAGUACAUAUCCCAUGGCCUACCUCGUACCUGAAAAAGACUCUACGUCAAAUUGUCUGCAAAAAAUGGCAGCAAGAAUGGUCGAAUAGCUUGACUGGCAGAACUUUCUACUUCAAAGCAAAGGUAGAUUUGCAAAGACUCACUCCCAAUCCUCUCUUGGUCCGUUUUAUAUCGAGUCACGGCCCCUUCCCACAGUACUUUCAUCGAUUUGCAAUAACCAGUACUGACGUCUGUAUCUGUGGUGAAAAGGGUACAGCAGACCAUUAUAUCGCCGCAUGUCCCCUUACAGAGGAACAUCAUAUUGCCAUUCCAAUAACGGAUCGUCAGGCCUUCUGCAAGUUCCUAGUCAAGCACAAGCAGUCAAUACGUCAAAUCACUACUUUUAUGUCAAAACUUAUGACACUUCGCACAGAAUUAUGUCAAGCUGCAUAA